AAAUAUUUAGUGACAGUCAUGAGCGAGCCUUUCGGAAAUAAGAUUGCGAAUAUGAGCAGCAGGAAUAGCAAAGAGGGGUCUCUGACAAGCGAGAAUUUAUUGACGGCCCAUCUAGAAAACAUUCAUGAAGACACAAGUCAUGAACAGUGAGAGAUCAUGCCUAAGGAAGAGACCAAGGGAGACACAGGGAAGGAAUUUAGGCGAGAGUUAAGGAACCCGAAGGAGGAAACUAAGCAAGAGAGGGAACCCGAUACUACCCUGACUAAUGACGAAGACCGAUUUGAGUAUGUUUUACCCUAGUCUUAAAAUAACCCGAUUGAGACGUGAAGAGUCAAAGGAGUUAGUCGGAAGCAGAGUUGACUUAGUCGACCUCAUUGAUGGCUGGAGUGAUCAUAGCAAAAAUAAAGAAGAUUAUCUAAGCAAGAGAAAAGAGGCAAGAACAGAGCUGAAGAGGAUGCAAGAUAUUGAGCUACAGAAUGCUAAGAAGAACCCUCUUCAAUACUAUGAUACAGUCAUGGUGAAGUACUUUGACAAAAGUCAAGAUACAUAUAAAUAUCUUUAUGAAAGUGCAAGAAAAUGGAAAUGGACUGAUGAUGAGUCUAAAGCAACGAUCUUCAUUUUGACGCCUAUCUUAAAUACGAGGGUGGACAAGCUAGUGAACAACUACAAGUACUUUAAGGAUGAAAAGCACUCAAACUAUGCUGAGCUGACUGACAGGUCUUACCUGUCCAAUAUCAAGAGAGUAGAGAACAACCUUCAGUUCUCAGAGAAGGUUCAGAAGUACCCUCUUCAGGUCAACCAGCCCGUACUGCUUAAGAGGUUGGAUAACGGGAAUACAGAUAUGAAGAUCUACUUAGAAGGCACUAAAGAUGAGCAACAGAGAGUCAAGGAAUGGCUCCUCACUUGGACAAGUGAGGAGAGUCAAAGGAAUUCGGUGAUACCCGAGACUAAAUAUCAUCUUGCAACUAUUAUCAAAAAGAAGUUUUACUACUUAGGAGACAACUACAAAGAUAAGAUUUACAAUAUCUACGCAGGUCUUUGAGAUCAGAAGGGGGAAGUAGGCAGCCACAUUGAGUUAGAAAUCGUGCAGAAGUGUCAGAAUUUUAGCUCAAUCGAUGAAGCCAAGCAAACAAUAAAACCGACUGAAAACUUUUUCAUCUUCGAUGAGCAAUCGAGAUACCUAAAUUUUGAAGAUAAGUUGUUCGUCAAGAACUGGACUAAGAUCGAUGAAGUUUGAGAUAAAAUAGUGGCGACUGAAUACAAGGCUUAUUCAGACAUAUCUUUCCUAAAUGCCUUUAAUGCAGUGUAUUUUCCCAACCAGGCAAGGAUAUUAUUCAGAUCCACCCUCAAGUUCUACUACAAUGAGUUUGAAGACCAAUAUUGAGAGUUUGCAGGGAAGUAUCUCGGGAUUAAAGAUGACAACCUCAGCCUUUGUGUUCAUCCCUAUUACUUCACUCUUGUUGAAGUCGAGAAAGGCCAAAACUUAAGGUAUAACCAGAAGUUCUUGAUUAAGAUUCAUAAUACAGAUCAAUAUCUCAGGAGUACUGUGACUAAUGAUCCUGGAGUCAGUGAUGUUACAUUGAGCGUUCUUGAUCACAAAAACAUGUCUGAGUUCUACUUCCAUCUCUCAAAGACGAACUUCCACACUCUUGAUAUUAAAGAAGUUGAUAGGAGGCUCUCAGAGGUCAGAAGAGGAUGGAUGUUUACCAGAACCAAGACUAUAAAGAACGAUGACCACCAGACCCACUUCGUUCUCAUUUAUAAGGAAAUGAGGCGGAUCAUUCAUUGGUUCCUUAAGGUUAUACAAAAGAAGGAGCCUAACACUUUUAAAGACCAGUUUUACAGCCACAUGUGCAUUAAUGGAUACAUGUUUAGUAGCAUUAAAGCAUUGAAGAGUGUCAACAAAGCAUUCAAUUUCGAGCAAUAUCUUCAGAUUUUGAAAAAUAUUAGGAAUCAGCUUGUAGAGAAUGGCUAUGACUGGAGUAAUAUUCGUGCUUACAAGGAGUGUUAUUACUCUGACUGAUAUGAGUACAUUCUUCUGGCUGGUUGCUCUGACACAGAGCAUGAUUACUCUUCCAUCCUCAGGAAAGCCAUAAAUGUCAUCACUGACAGAGCCCAAUUGGAGAAUAAUGACUACCGAAGGAUUUUUAUGCUUCAGAGAAUACUUGAAGCUAAUUCUCAAGUUAUGAACUGUAAAGAUCAAGGACAAGAUUGAUACAUAUACGAACUUCAGUGUUUUAUGCCGUUUAUUGAGUAUGAGUUCAGCAAGACGAAUGAGGCAGACUGGGACCUCAACCUCCUUCUGGGCCUAAUGACUAACAACUACAGGGAUGAGAAUUGAGUUUGGAGCAAUAAUCGAAUAAAUUUUGUUGUGGUAAACUACAUUUGUAACCAGAUCGAAGAAACUGUUUUCAAUAUCGAAGAAUUUGAUAUUCCUUUGAUGCUUGAAAGUUCUAGAAAGUAUAGAGACAAAGAGGUCAUCAAGAGACUGUAUAAAGAGCUGUACUUUGCCGGUAGAAAGGAAGCAUAUUUGAUGUCCACCCUCCAGAACACCAAAUUUAGGGAGCUAAUGCUCCUUAUAAUUUAUAGUACUGGCAUAUAAGGGUCGGAUUAAAAGAAAAUGAAGCUUUCACAAUGAAGUGAAACUCUUUAAUCGACCAUUACUUUGAAGAUUCUAGUGAGAGCUUGCAUGUUCAAGGGUUGUUACUCAAACUAUUUCACAAUACGAAUGUACCUAAAGUUGAGAAAGAGCUUCCAUCGGAUGAGCAAUUUGCAUUAUGAAAUCUUAUGCUAGACCACUGUCUCGCUAAGAUCGUAGAUUUUAAAGAAAUGCUCUCUGAUGCUAAAAAUGAGAGUACUUAUUUGUCUCAAAGUCAUAAAAACGGGAAAUCUUCGAAAUAUUCAGCAUCUGAGAGGAGGAAUCCGUCAAACCUCGCACAUUUUAGAAGCAAGCCUAAUCAGGCUAGGAGUCACACGAAUCACAACCUCUCGAUUAGUGCUACUGAGCUUCAUGAUAAAGGGAGGUUAUUUGGCUCUCAAAACCCUCAUAUUGAGAAUGAAUUCAGGAGUCUUAAUUACCCGAAGAACUUGAAUGAAAGGCCCGAACAUUUACAAAGAGAUGAAGCUGAAGAUUACAGUGAUUUCGAGUCGAUUGAUAAUUUAUAUCUGAGUUCUGAGACUUUCAGUCUUAUCAAUUCCAUGCUACAGAAUAUACAUUAUAGGCAAAUUGCUCUUUCAAAACUAAGAGACCAAAUGAGCCUUCCUAUCCUAACCAGGUUUAUAGAGAAGCUUUCGAGAAUGAAGGUUCUGGCUAUUCCUCAUGCCUUUGAGUUCAUUAAGCACACACAGCUGAAUAACUCUGAACUCAGGGAAGCAAAUGAUGCUUUGACGAACGGAAUGUGUGAUGAAGUUGAUGUUAUUGCCCUUUCCUACCAGAGAGAAAUUGUGUUUAGCAUCCUGAAUAUUAUUAAAUUGCUUUUUGAUAUCAAAGAUCAAGCCCAGCACGAAGGAAAAUAUGAGGAAAAGUUGCCGCUUAUUGAAGAAUUGCUCUCUAAAAACCUUUCUGAUGUGGCAAAGAAUUUCACUCUCUCGUUGCAAGACGCUGUCAUCAAAUGGGUUGACUUUGAAGAUGAGCCUCAGGUCUCAUACCAGAUCUUUGACAUCAUUAUCAAGCUUGACUCGUUGAAGCAAGAAACUUCAGACAGCUGUGGCAAGAAUCUCUCAAGCAACCAAGAAAUUUAUGAACUAAGUUUACAAGUGCUUCCUUUCUUCUGACACCUCCAGAGGAGCGGCAUCAAUAGUGUGGAAGUAUUGCAGGAACGAAUUUAUGAGAUGCAUAAUACUCUUGAGAAUGAUCUCCAAAAUUCUACUAAAUUAUCUAAGGACUUGUCUAGAUUUCAUAUCCAGGAACUCCGUAAUCUAGUCCUGAUCCUUAUUAAAGCAAAUGGGUUAUUCCAGAGCAGGCCAGAUUCAGACCAGCAAUCUGUGAACACAUUUUACAGUUUUGUAUUAACGAGUUAUCAAUACUUGAUCUUUGCAAGCUGUGAGUCAGAAAUUGCUAAAUUUUUGUGGGGGUUCAAUAGAUAUUUCUUUACAAUCCACUGGAAAAAUAAGGAAUGCAAUGGCCUCCAUAUUGAAUUGCUGAUGAAAGUUCUUCAAAUGAACGGGCUGGACAAGAUGGAUAUUGACUCGUGAAGGUCUUUUGAAGCCAUAGCUUCCAAACUUGGGCAUCUUUUUGACUCUAAGAUUAGGAAGAAGGUCAUUGAGAAACAAAUCCCUGAUAACUUGAGGCACAAGUAUAAAUUUGAAAAGAACAUUAUUGCUAGUAAUCAGGAGUUGCUAGAGUACUUUGCUGAGAUCUGAAAUGAGCAUACACCAGAUGAUUUGAAAGGCAAGUAUCAAAAUUUUGACGACUCUAAACAUUUCAUCACUGUCCAAGAUACUCAUCAAGUGAGGCAUGAAGAACUCAAGACAUGGUGUGGAAUCGAAAAUAUGACUUCACAAGUUCUAGAUGUCAUGAUCUCUCAGUUUUUAGAUGAUAUGAAGAUUACAAAAAGUGGAGAAAGUCGAUCAUGAAGAAAAUUCCAGCUCUUUAUAGAUAGGUUGCUCAUAAUUAUCGAGAAAGUUGAGCCAAGGCUUGAGACGCAGGAAUAUAUCCUACAUGCUGUUGUUAUGAUCAUGCAAAUGCUUGAUAAUAAAUAAAUUAAUGAUGAACAAGGAAAUUAAAGAUAUGUUUUACACUGAGCAGGCUACAAAAGCAAUUUUCUCGCUGAUAAUUGAUGGAUACAACAUCACAGAUCUGGCUGGAAAGAUCCGUCAUUUAGCAUAUCUGAUCCUAGGGAAGAUAAUCAGGCUUGAUAUUCUUGGAGCAAGGAAAGCUUUUAGAAUUUGGUCCCAUAAUAAGGAAAACAAGAACACCCUAUUUCAACGGAUAAUUAAUCUGGCAAAUCAAUUUAGUACAUACUUCAUGAACAGAGAGCUUUUCAAGGACAUUAUGUAUAACAUUGAUUUGACUUACUAUAAAGAGCUAAUUUUGGCUCUGAAAUGGUUGACAUUGCUGCUAAAGAAUGACAAGGAAAUGCAGAACUAUAUGACUCAUCAGGAUAACUCUUCAAAGACCCAGAACCUCAUUCUUCCAGUCAUAGAGCUGCUGAGAGUCACUGUCAACAGUGUGAAUUCAGAGUACGUGCUUGACUUGUGGCUGGUCAUUAUCAACUUUAUUAUCGAGACUGUUAAUGCCAAGAAUCAUAAAUAUAUCAACCAGUAUGCCAGCUCAGGGAUUUUGAAGUAUUCUUUCAUGGUUUUACAGUGCGGGCUGACCAAGAGCGAACGCGAAUUUAUGUCUGUUAUUAAUGGCAAGGAAAUACCUCCCUUCGACUCUGAACUUGAUUGAGUAUGGGAGGAUAGCCAAGAUCGCGACUAUCUGUUUGUUGUCAAGAAGAGAAAGAAGUACCUUUUGCUGAAGCAACGUGUUAUGAGGAUGAUCAAUAAUCUUCUGAUUCCUCAGACUGAGCACCAGAUAAACAACUAUGAGCAUCAUAAAAAUAUUAACAAUCUGAUGACUUUGAUGUAUGUGCAGUAUCGGAUUUUGAAGUAUAAUCAUUACACUCCUGGACUGUUUAAUUCAGAUUCAAAAGUAGGAGAUAUCUACAAUAUAAAGAUUGGGUUCCAGUGCUACUACUUAAUCUCAAAGAUUUGGGCUAAUAAUGGAGAACCCAGCCUCAACAUUGUCCAGAUCUCAGAUAAGGAAUCUACUUUGAUCAAGUAUUGGAGAGUUUUGACUGGAGUCUGGUUUAAGCUGAAGAAUUGCACUCGGAGAUACCAACCUAUUACGAGUACAAUGUACAAACCAUUUUUAGAAGACCAGACUCUUUGUAGCCAAGCUACCCAAUUCUUUGACUCUCAUAGCUCAAGGAUCGAGAUUGUAAUGCCAGAUGGGUCUUCUACAAGGAGAAAUUUUCAUAUCUUACCUCAGUUCUUAGCCUUCACGCAAGAUGAGAAAGACAGAUUCUGGAUUGAUGCAAAUCUCGAUAACAGCAAAACUGUGAUUAAUUCCUUGGUGGAAUUUGCUGAAGACAAGAUAGACGAGCUAUCAAUUUUGCAAGAUAUACAAACUUCCUUCUUAUGACCACGAGAUCUAGCAAUGAAGACAAACUGGUUGACAACAUUUAUCAAAGUAUUAAUUAUCGUAAUGAACUUCAGCCUGUUCUUUGCUCUCGAGGUCAAUGAAGGCCAGACUUUGGACCACCCUCAGCUAUUUGGUAUAGAUUCUGACCUGACUAAUACCAUUUUAUAUACCCUUGGAUUUGUAAUCUUAAUCCUUUUCUGCUAUAUCUCACUAAUUCAAGGGAUAAUUGUGGGAAAGCUUCAAUAUACAAGAGCUUUUAGCGACCAUGACGAAAGCAAGAAGAUCAAGCUGCAUCAGAAGAUACUAAAACCUCUAGGCUACAUGCUUAGUAAUUUUGAAGAAACUAUGCAAUGAAGAGGGAUAUGGUGCUUGUUACUAUGCGUUGGGUUUUCUCUUGCUGGUAUUUUAUCUGACUUCUUCUGGUUCUCCUUCACUACAAUUUAUUUAUUGUCCUUCUCACCACAAAUUCUGGAAGUAAUCAAUGCAGUCUGGGAGCCAAGAAACAGAAUUAUUUCAACCAUUCUUUUAAGUGCAGUUAUUCUUUACUGGUUCGCUAUUAUUGCUUACGUUUAUUUUGGAAGCGAUUUUGAUCAAACUGUUGGGAGCUCCAAUAAGACCUUGAGAAGAUGUCUAGCCGUUAUCUUCGAUUCGUGGUAUAAAUACGGUCUUGGAGCCUUCCUUUCUGACAAUGGGAAAUCAGCUAUCAUGGAAACUGUCGAUGAGGCCAAUCAGAUCAAGAUCAGAGGACCAAGAAUGACCUUUGACUUUUUGUUCUUCUUCAUUGUUCCUACACUGCUUUUGAGUAUUUUGAGUGGUAUCAUUAUUGACAAUUUUGGUGAAAGAAGAAGUCAUAGUGACACUAUUAAUGAGAAGAAAAGUCAGAGAUGCUUUAUCUGUGGAGAGGAUUCAAGUGAUAUUUCAAAUUUCACAAAUCAUAGUAAGUAUGAGCACAAUCUGUGGGACUACAUGUAUUACAUUGGCUACAUAAGAAGUCUUGGAGAGGCCGAGAUGGAAGACUUCAGAGAUAUCUAUGUAUACAAUUGUGUCAAGAAGAAGGAUCAUUCAUGGUUCCCUUCGAAUAGAAAGGAAUCUGAGCAGCAGCCCAGGAAAAAUGAGCAAGAACAUGAAAAAUUGAGACAGGAGGUUUCGGCACCAAGUGAGGGGUUGAAUGGAAGUUGUACCCAUGAGCUUAAAGGAAAUAAUGAUGACGAGAUUGAGCAGCUAAGAGAGCAAUUUAAAGAUAUGAACACCCAACUCCAAAAUCUCAAGACAGGAAAUGCAAAAUUUUAUGAGGAAAUCAGAUCUUCUCUAUCCAAGAUCCUAAUCCAGACAUCAUCAUAAGA